UGUGAUUGUGACUGACGUUAUAUACAUACCGUACCUACCAAUAUAUUGUUCACUUCAGUGUUAAAGUAAGGUCAUUCAGGUCAUAUCAAAACUAGGUAUUUCAUUUUGAGUGGAGAGUAUCAAUUCUCUUUAGAGUAGCUUUGGGAUUACUUGUUUCAUUGGUUGUAAAUUAUAAAAGUGAUAUAAUAAUAGCCACAAGUAAUACAAUUACACAUUUUAAAUUUAACUGCAUUUCUUUUCUAAGAGAACAUAAGCCGGUACUUUUUGUUUAAUUGAAUUUCUACACAGAUAACUUAAAUAUAAAUCAAUAAAAUGGGUCGCAAAUUUGUUGUUGGUGGCAACUGGAAGAUGAAUGGUGACAAAAACCAGAUUUUUGAGAUCAUCAGCAACUUGAAGGAAGCAUCCUUGGAUUCCAAUGUUGAGGUGGUGCUGGGUAUACCUGCCAUUUAUCUAGCUUAUGUAAAGAGCAUAGUGCCCGAUAACAUUGGAAUAGCAGCUCAGAACUGCUGGAAAGCAGAGAAGGGUGCAUUUACAGGUGAAAUAUCUCCAGCUAUGAUCAAAGAUAUUGGAGUGGAUUGGGUGAUUCUUGGUCACUCUGAGAGAAGAACAAUAUUUGGUGAAACUGAUGAACUUAUAGCUGCUAAGGUGGACCAUGCCUUGGAGUCCGGUUUGAAAGUUAUUGCUUGCAUCGGUGAGACUUUAGAAGAAAGAGAAAGUGGUAUAACUGAUCAAGUUGUCUUCAAGCAGACUAAGGCUCUGAUUCCAGCCAUUGGCAAUAACUGGAACAAUGUAGUGUUGGCAUACGAGCCUGUGUGGGCUAUAGGUACUGGGAAGACAGCUACUCCCAAACAGGCUCAGGAGAUUCAUGCAACUCUCCGCAAAUGGUUGUCGACCAACGUAUCUGAAGAUGUGGCUAAUUCCAUCCGUAUUCAGUAUGGUGGGUCGGUGACAGCAUCAAAUGCUCGGGAACUGGGUGCUUGCCCGGAUAUUGACGGUUUUCUUGUUGGGGGUGCUAGCCUAAAACCAGAGUUCGUGGAUAUUGUCAACGCAACCAAGUAGGAGCUUAACAUGUGUUAUGACAUGCUUGCUCUCUUGGGCGUACAGACAAUAUAGCGUCUGAUUUUGUCGAAUUCAUGUAUUUUGUAUUCAUUUUAUUUACUCUGCUUGUUUAUCUCUAUUGUCACAGGAUGUCCUAUUUCCAUGCACUCAUGGUAAUUUUUUUCAAUGUAAAUGUAUCUACGUCUUGGGAAAUUAGAGAUACAUUUAUUUAUAUGUGCCGUAUGUAUAAAUAAAUGUCUCUUUUACAUAUUAAAAUUUCGUAUUAUUCAGUUUUUCAUGUAAACAAUGUAUUGUGUAUUAUUAUACUGUAACAUUGUUGGCAGUAUUAAUUUUGCUGAGUUUUAUUUUAUCAAUAGUAAACAUGUAGUUGUUCUAUCAAUGUUUUAAAUUGAGUUAAAAUUAUAAGUAAGUAGCAAUAAGCCAGCGGUAUUGAUAAUAUAUAAUACUUAAAAUUGCAUUACUUGUAAUCUUAUUGAUAAAUUUGUGGCUAUAGAUAACUUUAAUCUAUGUUCCUAAAAGACUAGUAAAUGUGUUAAUGUUUAAAUUUAUUGAAUUGGAAAUUCUGUUUUAUAGGAGAUGCUGCUAAAUUUAUUUUUGACUUUUUAAAUUAAAUUUAUCAAUAAAAUGACAUGUAUUUUACAAAAAUUCUAUUUUUGAUUUGUACGAUUAAAGCUUUGAUUUAAUUACUUAAUAUGUUACAUAAAAUGAUUAGUAAGGUAUUUAGAUUUUAAGGAUAUCAAUUGUAUAAUCAUAAGGUUUCAUAUUGUUUUUUUCGCUUUUAUUUCUUAUCGUUUCUUAUUAAAGGAAACAUUAUUAUAUACUAUUUGAUAAGAAAUUUAAAUAAAAAAACUAUAUAAAA